AUGGGCUACGAUUGGGACGUCCACCGUGAAACAUGCUACCGUGUGUACGUGGAGGAGCGCAGGUCCAUGGACGAGUUGAUGGAGUACAUGAAGCUCCACCAUGGAUUUACCCCGAGCAAGCGAGCAUUCCAGCAGCAGAUACGAAAAUGGGAGUUCCCCAGCAAGCAGGUCGGCGCCCACAAGAACCACACGCUGGUCGAGCGGGUCCGCCAGCUCUGGGAGGCGAACCACGCCCAGCGCGAGAUGCUGGCCGUGCUGCGCGGUGAGGGCUUCGACGUCAGCGCCCGCCAGCUGGUUCGCCUCCGCACACACCACCGCUGGCUGCUCCGCCUGCCAAGGGCAGGGGAUCUCGGAGGAGGGAGCGACGACGGCACCAGCGCCCCGGGAGCCGAUCCGUCUCUGUCGCAGGCGGCCAAGAGCGACGACACGGCUACCGAGCUGAUCAUAGACUCGCUCUUGGCUCAUGGCCGUGAAGACAUUGCGAACCAGGACGAGGACGACGACGGCGGGAAUGAUGGCAGUAGCAGCAAUGGUGACAAUGACGUCACUGGCCUGGGAGAGGGCAACGCCGGUCUUGAUGGGGACUUGACCGAAGCCGCCGUCGCCGUGGCGCUACAGACGGCUGGAGAGGCUGCGACCAGGCGCGGGCGGCGACGGAAGCAGCUCGAGGCCGAGUCGGCGGAACGGUGGGAGUCGCGCAAACGGCGACGGCGGACCCGCGACUGGGCGGGCCUCCCCGCGGACCCGGCCGGCUGCCCGCCGCGGUUUCCGUCCGAGACGACGCUGACGGAGAGCAAGGCUCUGCUCGGCCUGGACGCCGAGACGUACAGCCGGGUGCGCCGGGACUUCCAGCUCAUCUGCGAGGCCGAGGGUCUGCUGCGCAAGACGGCGGCCGGCCAGGCUGCCUGGGAGGAGGCCAAGGCCCGCCUGGUACGCGAGACGCCGCACCUGCGCAACGCCAUGGAGGACCCCGCAAAGGGCGAGGCCCCAGAUGCAGACGCCCAGGACGACCAUGGCUAUGGUGGAGCAGGGGGAGGAGGUGUCGGGCGAAAGAAGCAGCGGGAAUGUCAAAAUAGGAUGGCGCUGGCCCUCGACGUCAUCUGCACCGACGUGACCAAGCGGCUCCGCGCAUCCGAGGGGACCGGACCGUCGGGACGGCGGCCGACGCUAGCCGAGGUGAAAAAUACUCUCGGCGUCAACCCGGACCAGGCACGGCGUAUGCGGCUUGUCUUAGGCCGCAUCUUGGCCGAGGAACGGUUCACUACCAAGCUCGAAGUUGGGAGCGAACGCUGGGAGGAGCUCAAGCGACGGUGGCAGGACGAGUCACCCGAGCUCCGCGAGGCGCUUUGUUUUCCCGCCAAGAUGGACACACCUGGGGCUGGCGGCGCAGUGGCGGUCGACGAAGUGGGCAAGACGGACGAGGAGCAUCGCAGGCUACGGGCCGAAAAGCUGCGGGCGGUUGAGUUCAUGGCCAGGGACAUUAUGAAGAGGUUCAGGGAUGACAUGACCAGGCGGCGGAACAGGAGGACGGGCAGCGCCAGCGCCAGCACCGAGACGCCGCCACUGCCCCAACAGCUGUCCAUGGAGGGCGAGGCGACCAUUCUAGACCCAGAGAUUGUGGGCACUGAUAUUGGCGACGGGCUCGACGGCAGUAGCGAUGGCAACGGCUACGGGACUGGUCUUUCGCUGGUGGUGCCCAGCACGCCGGCGGCGCACUUGCAGAUGCAGCACAUGGGGGUGGCGCUCCAGAUGGCACCUCGGUCUGAGCAGGUGCAAGUGCAGGACCAGCUGCCGCAGCAAAUGCACCAUGGCGCCUCCCAGCACGGGCACGGGCUCGAUGACGACACGUCGGUCAUGGUCGCUCCGGGGGGUCUGUCUCUUGAGGCGCACAUGGGCCCGUCGCUCCUGCUCGCAGCGGAUGCGCAGGCGGCAGCCUUUGUGAACCAGCAACAAUACCUUGAGGAACUGCAGCACCACCACCACCAAGCCGCCGUGUUUGGCCAGCACGAGCAACAGCACAACCUCCAGCAGCAGCAGCAGCCGCACCAACACGACGUUCAGCAACAUCACCUCCUCCAUCAUCACCAUCAUCACCAAAGCCACCACGAACAACAACACCCAAGCCUAGCCGUCUUCCUCCAGCUACACCCGCGGUCGUCAAUCAUGGGCGACUUCCAGGAGCUCUGGGUGGCGACCAUCGGCGGCGGGGCCUCGUCGCCGUCGCGGCCCGGGGGGCUGUCACUUUUGGAGGAGCUCAAGGCAGGGGCGGUGGAGAAGUUCGUGCCGGGGGUCGUCUGCGUCAUGGUGGAGGGCCUGGUCAAGGACUCCAAGACGCUCGACGACAUGCCGCUCCAGAUCAACGACGAGCGCGAGCUCGCGGCGUACCUGCAGCACGUGGACACUGUGGGCGGCGCGCCUCGAUUCAACGUGCUGCUGCAGUAUGGGGUUGCAUAG